UGUAGCCGUUGCAUCUCUCUCUCUCUCCUCUUACGCUCCAUUUCUCUUUUUCUCUGCAUUUUGUGCUUCCAGCGCAUUCUCUCUCUCUCUCUCUCUCUCAAUUCAAAACCCUAAUCAACUCCACUACACCCCCACUCUCAAAUCCUCAAUUUUUCAUCUGAAUUUCAAUCAAAUCAAAAUUCCGAAUUCACACUCCCGAAACCCUAAUUUCUUCAAAAUGACCAAUUUCUGGUAAAUUGUCGAUUUUCGUUGCUCAAAUUGAAAAUUCAAUUGAUUUCACAAAACCAUUCAUUGCGACAAAAAUGGCAGAAUUAGAUCCGGCUAAGAAAGUAGCUGAUAGGUAUCUCAAACGUGAGGUUCUUGGUGAAGGUACCUAUGGUGUUGUUUACAAAGCCAUUGAUACCCAGACGGGACAGACGGUUGCUAUUAAGAAGAUUCGAAUCGGAAAACAGAAAGAAGGGGUGAAUUUUACUGCUCUUAGAGAAAUUAAACUGCUUAAAGAGCUCAAAGAUCCCAAUAUAAUUGAGUUGAUUGAUUGCUUCCCACAUAAAGGGAAUUUGCAUCUUGUGUUUGAAUUCAUGGAGACAGAUCUUGAAGCUGUCAUAAGAGACCGAAAUAUUUUCCUUGCACCGGGUGAUAUAAAAUCUUACCUUCAAAUGACACUAAAAGGUCUUGCUCAUUGUCACAAAAAAUGGAUAUUGCAUAGGGAUAUGAAACCAAAUAAUUUGUUGAUCGGACCUAAUGGACAACUGAAACUUGCAGAUUUUGGUUUAGCGCGUAUUUUUGGAAGCCCAGAUCGCAGGUUCACUCAUCAGGUAUUUGCGCGGUGGUAUAGAGCACCUGAGCUGUUAUUUGGUACCAAGCAGUAUGGCCCAGGAGUAGAUGUUUGGGCUGCAGCCUGCAUAUUUGCCGAGCUUCUUCUUCGUCGACCUUUUUUGCAGGGAUCAAGUGAUAUCGACCAAUUAGGAAAGAUUUUUGCUGCAUUUGGAACUCCAUCUCCUACUCAGUGGCCUGAUAUGGUAUACCUUCCAGAUUAUGUUGAAUAUCAAUUUGUGCCGGCCCCUCCUCUGCGGUCUUUAUUUCCAAUGGCAACUGAUGAUGCUUUAGACUUGUUGUCUAAAAUGUUCACAUAUGACCCAAAAGAUAGAAUUUCAGUGCAACAAGCAUUAGAACACAGAUACUUCACUUGUCCUCCUCAACCAACAGACCCAGUUAAACUUCCAAGACCUGCCCCUAAGAAGGAAAUUAAGCCAUCAGAUUUGAAUCCUCCAGAGGGUCCCACUGUCUUGUCACCUCCAAGAAAGACUAGGAGAGUAAUGCCAGGACGUGAUGGACUUGAAGGUAAUUCUUUGCAAGGAGAUAGGGGGGACGAUAAUCAUGGUAACCUCAAACAGACAGCUGGUGAUAAUACAGGGAAGAAUGAGCCUGCACCAAUGUCACUAGAUUUUUCUGUCUUUGGAUUAAAACCUCCAAACAGACCAACAAUUAACAGCGCUGACAGAUCACAUUUAAAAAGGAAAUUAGAUCUAGAAUUCCAGUAACCAGAACAAGUAUUCUAUGACCGCCGCUUAGAACAUGGCGUUUGAUGUAGCUGAUAAAAUGCUGUGAAUCAGCUUUCAUUGUAUGUCGCUUUUUUAUCUUUGUCGAUCUGCUUGAAGCUGCUAUGGAUGUCUAGAUGUUUAAAGGAAGUUGCAGUGCAAACCGAUAAACAUCUCAUCUCAAUAGUAGUUCAGAGACCAAAAAUAACUAUAAUAGAAAAAAAGGUUAACGUUAACCAAUACUCUCUGGACCCUUUGUUGUCAUUUAUGUUCUUGUGUACAAAAAAACACAAAAAAAAACUUGUACAAGUCCGCGGAAGAAGGCCUUUGAGUGAGGGCAUUUUCUGUAGCCCUUGCUGUAUCUGACUCUUGAGAAAGCAAUGUUUGUGGAAACCGAUUUUUGACAUUAAUUUUUUAUUGAUCAUAAGAUAAAUUAUUGUUAAACUUUUAGGGAUAAAGUAUGUAUUUUCUUGGGUGCUUCAGACAGGUUGUUUCCUGAACAAAAUAUCAAGAGGUGUUGGUUGAUUGCAUGCA